AUGUUUAUCACGCCCUUCAGUCUCUCGCGACAACGGCGCGCGGAGCUGAGGCAUGCCUUUGACGAAUUCGACACCAAGAAGGCCGGACACUUGAGUCUGGAUCGAUUUAUUUUCUUGCUCAAGUCCAUAGGCGUGAACAUAUCCAGGAGAGAUUUACUGGCCAUAACUGCAGAGAAUCGAGAAAGAGGGGAUUUCUCUUUCGAAGACUUGAUGAGCGUAGCUUCGGUUGUGUACAACGACGUCGCAAUCGAGCGCGGGCUUGUGGACGCUCUCAGACAAAUCUGUCCAAAGAAUUCCAAAACAAUUCCAACUGCAUCGCUCCGGGAACACCUUCUGAAACUUGGAAUGGGAAUCAAACUCACCGAAGAGGAAGUUGACAUGUUUCUGCGCAUUGAAUGUGACCCAAACGGCAAGGGCGUCGUCGACUUCGAGACUUUUAUUUACAGGGUUUUACGCGACUAG